ACAGGCCCCCUCGGCCCAAUUUUUUCUUUUAAUUUUCUUUUUCCCCCUUACCUGCGGCCCACCAUCGCUCCGUCUCUCGCUCUGGCGAUUGGACGCCGGCGUCCGUGCCCCACCUCUCCCCGGCGCAUCAACGCCGGCGAGUCCUCGGGCGAAGACCGCAGCGCAGCUCGGGCGGUAGCCGGAACUGAGGAAGAAGCCGCGGUGCGGGUCCUGCUCGGGCGCACAACCAAGCUCCCUGCCUGUCUCGGCGGCCUGGUCGCCUUCGCGGGUUCGCCUCUCUCUCCUCCCCACGAUCCCACCGCAAUCACCGGCGCAGGGAGGGGGCGCCACGGUGAUCUCGCGGAACGUUGUGGGGGCUGAGGGAACAAGCAAGCGGAGGAGGACGCGAUGGGGUCCGUGGAUCUGAUUGCCUCCUGCCUCGACUCCAUCCGCCAGAUUGGAGAUGAGAUUGUGGAUUCAAUAGUGUACGCCGAUGCCGGCACUCUGGAGUCGUUUCAGUUCAUAGGAGCGUUCCCUCUUCUUCUUGAGCUUGGCGCUCGUGCUGUGUGCAGCUUGGAAAACGCAUCUCCUCUCGAUGCUGUUGCUGACUGGCACUCAAAAUUUUCUUAUCCAGUAAGGAAGAUUGUAGUACUUACAUCCCGCCUUCUUAGUGAUGCACAUCGGUAUAUUCUGCGAUGCCUGGGCAACAAUCGAACUGUUUCGCAUUGUACUGUGCUGACAGCUAUUUCCGAGAUUGGCCACUCAUCAUAUGUUAAUUCUCCACUUGGGCCAGAUGCUUUCCGGGAGUAUGAGACAUUACUCAUUCAGGACCAUGAGGAGCUUUUUAAAAAGCAUGAGAAAUCAGACAAACAUAAAGAUAAUAUUCAUUACACAGGGAGUGAUUUCACCUCAGACACUGAUAAAAAUUCUAAGUGGGGUUCUGGGGUGCAUUAUGGCCCUACUUCUGACUCCAGCCCGACGAAAAGGGCUUUGUUUGACUUAGGCCAGGUAGAAGAAGCAAGCGGGAAGGGGAUGUCUGUAACUGUGUGUCACUUUCCGAUGAUUUUCUCUCCUAUUUCCUCAAGGGCAUUUGUUUUGCCUUCUGAGGGCAUAAUUGCUGACUCAUGCUUGUCGAAUCAGCAUGAAGAUUCCCUUGGCCCUGGUCUACCCUCCAUAUCUACUGGUAAACCUUUUGAUAGUGAUGAGGUUCCUCCAGGAGUGACCUUGACUGCUCAGUUCCUGUACCAUUUGGCCAAUAAGAUGGACCUAAAGCUCGAUAUAUUCUCACUUGGUGAUACAUCAAAGGUCGUUGGGAAGCUGAUGAUGGAUAUGUCAAGUCUAUAUGAUGUUGGUCGUAAUAAGAGAUCUGCUGGUCUACUGAUUAUAGAUCGUACAGUUGAUCUCCUAACUCCUUGCUUCCAUGGUGACUCAUUUCUUGAUAGGAUGCUUUCCUCGUUGCGACAAAAGGAAAGGAUGUUGUCAUAUUCUGUGGCGAAAAAUUCGCAAACUCCAAGCAAGCAUUCUCAAGCUACUGUUAAACGUUUCCCACUGAAUAUAAAGGUUCCUUUUGAAACGGUCUUUAACAAGGAAGAACCUAAGAGUAAGAUUAGUAUGUUGUCUGAAGGUAUCAUGUCAUUUGUGUCUGGAUGGAACUCUGCUGAGGUUGACUCUGAAGCUACCUGGCUACCUGAUUAUGCUGACAAAGCACAUGAUGACAAACUUGGCAGUGAACUUAGCACCCUAAGUGGUUCACUCCUAUCCAAUUAUGCUGGAGUACGCUACUUAGAAGCAUUACUAGACAGAGGGGCGAAAGACGGAUUAAUGCUAAUUAAAAAAUGGCUUAUUGAAGCUCUGCAGCAUGAGAAGCUAUCCUCUGCAUCUAAAGGUCGACAAGGAGCCACUUCUGUUUCAGAGAUUCAUUCUAUGGUGCAAAUGCUCUCUCGAGAUCAGUUGUCCUUGUUAAGAAACAGAGGAGUUAUCCAGUUAGCUCUGGCUGCUGAAAUGACUCUUCAAGAGCCUCAAAGUUCUCGCUGGGACGCCUUUACAAGCGCUGAGAGAAUAUUAAGUGUAACAUCUGCAGAGACAACUCAAAGUCUUGCCAGUGAGCUUCGUGAUUUCAUCAACACUAGCACUUCAGUGGAAUCUCACAAACAAGCUGAUACAAUGGAGUCUUCACAGGGCCUACUUAGUUUCCAGGAUGUAUUACUUCUAACAAUUAUUGGGUAUAUCUUGGCUGGUGAAAAUUUCCCUACAUCUAUCGCCGGUGGUCCCUUUUCUUGGGAAGAUGAGCGGUCUCUUAAGGAUGUCGUGGUGGACUCUAUCCUUGAACGACCAUCAUCUGUGAAGUUGUGUUUCCUUGAUGGCCUGGAUAACGAACUUGAAGCUAAAGCUAGAUCCAAAGAUGGCGAGAGAAAUAAUAAGGACUCCACUGAGCCAGCAUCCAUUACUGAUGAUUUUGAUGACGAAUGGGGUAACUGGGAUGACAAUGACAAUACCGAUCACCAAAAGGAGGAAGCUUAUGGGGGCAUGCAACUUAAGUUGGAAGUGCGAGAUAGGAUUGAUCAACUUUUCAAAUUGUUUCACAAAUUGUCCAGCAUGAGGUUAAGAAACCAAGCUCUUGGAGAAGGUCUAGCAGCAUUGAGUAGAUUUGAGACGGAUGGCUACUCAAGGAAAGGUUUGCUUUAUAAGUUGCUACUAGCUCUCUUGUCGAGGUAUGAUGUACCUGGCCUCGAGUAUCAUUCAUCAGCUGUUGGCCGUUUAUUCAAAAGUGGAUUAGGGAGAUUUGGGCUUGGACAGUCUAAACCAAGCUUUGGUGAUCAAAGUGUUCUUAUCAUUUUUGUUCUAGGGGGUAUUAAUACUCUUGAGGUCCGGGAAGUCAUGACGGCAAUCUCAGAGAGCAGUAGACCAGAUGUGGAGCUUGUUCUUGGUGGUACAACACUUCUUACUCCAGAUGACAUGUUUGAGUUGAUGUUGGGCUCGUCAAGCUUUACUUAGGCUCAACCUUCACACUUGAGAAGCCUAAUGCUCUUGAAUCCUGACAUCAUGGGGUGGUGCACAAGGCAUUUGAAUAAGACUUUAAGGAGCCCAGAUGAUUGACCCAGAGCAUUUUUCAGAAAUUUUAGUGUCUGGUGAGAGUGUAUUGUCGAUGCUACUAGAAGCAAGCAGUUAGUAAUUCGUAAGCAUCCUUGGGGACCUUUUUAGUAAAAUACACUGGCAAUAACGGCUUUUGCAAUAAUCUUCAGGAAAACGCACACAUUGCUGGAAGCUAUAACUAACAUAUGUGUCUUAUUGAGGCAGUGGUUGACAUAUUUUCAUCUUAAAACAUCAAGAGGUAGCAAACAAAAGAUAAGUCUAAAUUAACCUGCUAACUGUACACUUGCAACCAGCAUGAACUUUUUAAUGGUUUUGAGCAUUUGUUUUGCUCCCAAGAAUCUCUUGUCGGUACAUUAACUAGCAUGUAAAUCUGUGUACAUUGUAUGGUUGUGAUAUGGAAAUUUUGGAGAUUUACUAGUC